UGUGUAUUUAAAACAAAAUGUCUGAGUUCGACGGUGCACCUGCACAAUCCAACUUGCACAAGCAAGAUUUGGCUCAACUUGACGUAACGAAACUGACAGCGUUGUCGCCUGAGGUAAUAUCUAGACAGGCUACUAUAAAUAUCGGUACUAUAGGUCAUGUAGCUCACGGUAAAUCUACGAUAGUUAAAGCUAUUUCUGGGGUGCAGACUGUACGUUUUAAAAAUGAAUUGGAGCGUAAUAUUACUAUAAAACUUGGUUACGCUAAUGCCAAGAUUUAUAAGUGCGAUAACCCGAAUUGCCCGCGGCCUGUGUGUUAUAUUUCUGGGGGUUCUAGUAAGGAUGAUAGUUUUCCUUGUUACCGGGCUAAUUGUACAGGUAGAUUCCAUUUAGUGCGUCAUGUUAGUUUUGUAGAUUGUCCUGGUCACGAUAUUUUGAUGGCUACAAUGUUGAACGGUGCGGCGGUUAUGGACGCCGCCCUUUUGUUGAUAGCCGGUAACGAAUCUUGUCCCCAACCGCAAACAAGUGAACACUUGGCUGCUAUUGAGAUUAUGAAGUUGAAGCAUAUUUUGAUUUUGCAAAACAAAAUUGAUUUGGUUAAGGAAGGUCAGGCUAAAGAGCAGCAUGAGCAGAUUACUAAGUUUGUGCAAGGGACUGUGGCUGAAGGUGCACCUAUCGUACCAAUUUCCGCGCAAUUGAAAUACAAUAUCGAAGUUUUGUGCGAGUAUAUUGUUAAAAAAAUCCCGGUGCCGGUGCGUGACUUUACAUCCCCAAGAUUAAUAGUCAUACGAUCCUUUGAUGUCAACAAACCCGGUUGCGAGGUUAAGGACCUAAAAGGCGGUGUAGCUGGUGGUUCUAUCCUCCAAGGCGUGUUGAAAGUCGGUAUGGAGAUCGAGGUACGUCCAGGCCUGGUCAGCAAAGACGCCGAUGGUAAAAUGAGUUGCCGCCCCAUAUUCUCACGUAUAGUAUCCCUAUACACCGAGCAAAACGAACUGCAAUACGCAGUCCCUGGUGGUCUCAUCGGUGUAGGCACCAAAAUCGAACCAACCCUAUGCAGAGCCGACCGUCUGGUAGGACAUGUCCUUGGUGCAGUCGGAACCUUACCCAACAUCUUCAUAGAACUCGAGGUCUCUUAUUAUCUCCUAAAACGCCUUUUGGGCGUUCGCAUCGAAGGCGACAAAAAAGCUGCCAAGGUACAAAAACUCACCAGAAACGAAGUCUUGUUAGUCAACAUCGGGUCUUUAAGCACUGGUGGUCGUGUCGUGGCUGCCAAGGCUGAUUUAGCAAAGAUUUCUCUAACCACUCCCGUGUGUACACAGGCUGGGGAAAAGAUUGCCCUUAGUCGUAGGGUUGAAAAACAUUGGAGGUUGAUCGGAUGGGGCCAGAUCCGCGGAGGGGAGACCAUUGAACCGACAACUAGUUAGUAAAUUAAAUUUUUGGUUAAUUAGUAUCAUUUCAACUUAUUGUACUUUUACAUAAGAUUUUCUUUGUUGGGUGUAUAUUAUUAAAAUAUUAUUAUUGUAUUUGUAAUACAGAUGACACUAGUUUUUUUUGUUCAGAUUUUUCAGGAAUAAAAAGUUUAUACGUAGAUAGAAUUUUU